AUGGAGUUCCGAAGGGAUCAGCAGUUGCGUCAAUUGCGUGGUCUCAUUUUCAGUCGGCAGGCAGAGGCUGCACCGCCGGUCCUAAUUGGCAAUGGAGAACGCUUUCCAACGUCACCGCUUCAGCAAGGGGGAUUUGCCAUAUUGUUUCUGUUUCCGACACUUGCUUUGAUUGUUGUCUGCUUGAGGAUAUACAGCCGUCAGAAGAUGAAGCAAUUUGGUUGGGAUGAUGGCUUGAUCGUUGCUGCAAUGGCUUUUUCCAUAGCUGAGACCGUAGCUGGAUACUAUGGCAUGAGAACAGCCUUUCUGGGAAUACACACCGCAGACGUGCCACUCGCCACAGCCGAUUUUGGUCUCGGUAUGCAGUGGAAUUUUAUCGGUCAGAUCCUAUACAAUCCUAUUCUGGCCAUCGUCAAGACGUCUGUUCUUCUCUUCAUGCUUCGACUUGGCGGCCACAAGCGAGAGAUCAGGUACACGAUCCAUGCCCUUAAUGCUUUCAAUAUAUCAUUAGCAAUCUCAGUCUUCAUCUCUGUCAUUUUCCAAUGCAAGCCUGUCAACUUCUUUUGGGAGCGAAUGAGGGAUCCCACACUCAAGGGGACUUGUAUUGAUACUGGAGUGUUUUACAUUUCCACGGCGGCAUUGACCAUCUUUACCGAUUUGGCGGUACUUGCGUUACCAAUCUGGAUUUUCUUAGGCUUGAAAAUGCCUUUGAAAGUGAGAAUAGCACUCAUGGCCGUCUUCCUCCUGGGUUUUAUUGUAACGAUAGUUGGUAUUCUCCGUAUGGCCUGGCUUAUCGAGAUCAGUUACUUCCCAGCGAAAGAUUUCAACUAUGAUAUCCGCUUCUGCUACUCCGCUGUCGAAACAAAUCUUGCCAUCAUCACAGCUUCUGGUCCCGCCCUACGCCCCCUUCUUAAAACGUGGUUCCCAAGCAUAUUUGGAUCUCUCAGCAGCGGGGUAUCUCGAGGACCAUAUGGAAGCAAGAGCAACAUGGGCGCAUCCCGCGAUGUGAUGAAGUCACAUAUGACUUCAAGCAAAGGGAACACUUUAACGUCCAAGAACGGUUCGAAGAGCCCUUUUGGGAAUUCGACUUUUGCCAUGAAGGAUUUGAGACGAGGGACAAGUCAAAUUAGAAGUCAAAGCCCGUCGGGUAGUGAGGAAGAGAUAAUGACUUACAGCGGAAUCGUACGGACGACGGAGGUGAAUGUUCAUUACGGAGAGGACAAAUAUACGGAGGACCACAGAAGCAUGGAUGACCAGAAGCCAAAGCAACUAACCAGGUUUGACUACUGA